AUGGCGGACCGGCUGACUCUGCGGCCCCAAGGCGCGCUCGAGGCCAAGUUCGAAGACGAGGGCGACGUGUCCACCUCGCCCGACCUGCGUUCCGGCCACGACAGGGGCGACUUCUUCUCAGGCGUGCGAAGGGGGAUAAAGAAACUGGGUUCCAUCUCGGGCCAGCACAACCGACCUGCGAACAUCCAGGUCCACGACCGCAUGUUGCCCUCCGCGACGACGCUGAACCCUUCCCCAUCUCCUGAGCCCGCCGGAAACGGCUAUCGCCGUCCGAAGAGACAUGCGCCCAGUGCCAGCGACUCGAUUCUCGAAAAGCCCCUGCCGCGGACGCCGUCCGCCCUGCCCGUCGAGGAGCUGCUGCAGACCCCUCAUUUCCUCAACAGCCUCCACUACCAUCAACCCCUCGACCUUCCAGGCGCAGCCGGCUCCACGUCACGGCAGACGAAUGACAGCCGGACGAGUACGAUGGACUCGUCGACGUCAGGGACUGGACAGUCGCAGAUCCUCGCCAGUGGGUCCAAGCCUUCAUCGGGUGCUCACCUCUCGGAUAUGAUAAGCAGUCAGAGUAGUGCGAGCUCGAGCAAGCAGGACGGCUCCAAGUCGGAGGCGGAAGACGAGACGAGAGAUAUCUUGACUCCUCGGAGUAAUGGACCACCCUCUGCCGGCCCUUCGCCAGCUCAACCACGAUCGGCUGGAGGAAACGCGGUUGGAACUCCGGGCGGAUCUUCCCAGCACCUGUCGGGUCUCAUGUGCAAUGUACAUCGGACUACAGGCAAAGAGCCGCCGCCUCUGGUCGGAGCCACAACGACGAUUCUGGGGGACAGGCUAUACGUCCUGGGUGGCAGGAUACUUUCUCGGUCAAGGCCUGUUUUGACGGCGGAUUUGUACGAAUUGGAUCUCAUCAGGCGGCACUGGACAAAGAUUGAUGCUGCUGGAGAAGUUCCACCUCCAAGAUACUUUCAUAGCGUUUGUCCGUUGGGGGAUACGAAGCUGGUAUGCUACGGUGGAAUGUCUCCGGCACCAACGCAAGGACAGGUGCAGGCAGUGGCCUCGUCACAGGCUCAAGACGCACAGCCAGAAGUGGUUGUCAUGUCAGAUAUCUAUAUAUACGAUGCACCAACCAAGACCUGGACGUUCAUCCCCACUCAGGAUACGCCACAAGGGAGAUAUGCCCAUUGCGCGACAAUACUUCCGUCAUCGGCGACGUUUUCAUCUACUAACGCAGCUUCUUCCGCUAUUCAGCACAACUUACCUGGAUCUAACCCCAACCAGGGAACUUUAGGGGUGAAUCUGGACGGGACGGGAGGUGCAGAGAUGGUUGUAGUCGGCGGGCAAGACAGCGCGAACCACUACAUCGAGCAGAUCAGUGUCUUCAACCUCCGAAGUCUCAAGUGGACCAGCACGCAACAGCUCGGAAAAAGUUGUGGGGCUUAUCGCAGCGUUGUCGCGCCCUUGCCAGCCAGCGUCACUUCGAGGUUGGGGAAGAGCCCGACUACAAGGACGGAUAUGGGCAUGCCGGAUUCCAACGAUCCGGGAUCUUCGAUGCUGAUAUACUCCAAUUACAACUUCUUGGAUGUGAAGUUGGAAUUGCAGAUACGGUCAGCAGAUGGGACAUUGACAGAGAAGCCGAUGCAGGGCACUUUUUCGCCUCCCGGUCUUCGAUUCCCGAACGGUGGUGUGAUUGAUACAAACUUUGUCGUUAGUGGAACCUAUCUCACGUCGUCAAAACAGGAAUACGCGCUGUGGGCACUAGAUUUGAAGACCUUGACCUGGAAUCGGAUCGAUGCCGGAGGUAGCGUUUUCAGCCAAGGCAGUUGGAAUCGCGGUGUGCUCUGGAGCCGGAGGAACACAUUCGUCAUUCUGGGCAACCGUAAGCGGAGUCUGGUCGAAGACUACAAUCAUCGUCGUAUCAACUUCAGCAAUGUCUGUAUGGUCGAGCUCGAAGCCUUCGGACUGUACGACAACCCCCGGAGAGCAGCGCCCAUGUCGGGCUUCAUCUCCGCCAGCUCUCCGUAUACGGCGCCGUCGUUGAGUCUCGCUACGAGAGCCGGCUGCACUGCAGGCGGCCGGUCUCUGUCGAGGGCUGCCGAAGAGCUUGGCCUCGCUGCUCUUGGGCUGAGAGAACUGUGUGAUAUGGAUAUCCUUUGCCAAGGGGGGGAGCGGAUCCCGGUGAACUCUCGGGUUGUCGCUCGGCGUUGGGGACCAUACUUUGUGCAGCUUCUUCGGGAAGGAAGUGCGACCCAAGAUGGCAACGAUGCAGCCAGUUUCAGACCUGAUCACCUCUUUCGGCAUGACCCGAGCCGGAAUAGUAGCGUUACUAUCACUCCCAGUAUUGGUGCUCAAUCUUCGGGUUUGAGUACUGCUACGACCUCUCACGGCACAUCUGCAUCAGUAUCUUCCGGCACCCAGGCUCCAGUUGACGUCUCAGAACUCUCCUUCCCUCCAGAGCCCUGCAAACUGUCCCCCACCUCGCGACCUCGAACUCUAUAUCUACCACAUACCCAAUUGACCGUCAAAGCCCUCCUCCACUAUAUAUACACCUCCGCCCUUCCGCUCUCGAAUUCUCCCCACUGCUCCCCUCAGAUCCUCUGCUCCCUUCUCCAAAUCGCCCGCCCCUACAAGAUCGACGGCCUGCUUGAGGCCGUUGUCGAACGCCUCCACGAAAUCCUCGACUCGCGAAACGCAGCCGCAGUCUUUAACGCCUCCGCCAUGGCAGCCGGUGGUGGCCGCUCAACCAGCACCCUCUCCGGGCUAGGCGAGAACUGGCUCUCCCCCGACUUCCAAGAUGUCCCCGACCAGGACUCGUCCGCGGUCCCGCCAAUGCUGCACAUCGGCUCUCUAGGAUUCGAUCCCAGAGCCCCGCCGGCUGGGCUGCGCAUCAACACCACCGUGGGGGGCGGAAGAAAGCCUGACGAGGAGGAGAUGAGCUCGGCGAGUAGCAUGACCAGCGACGUCUCGGAGUCGGAGACGAGCGGCAGCGUCAGCACGUCUGAUGCGGGGGGCCAGCAGCGGAAUAGCCGGGGCGAGAAGGAGGUUUGGAAGGGCGACGUCAGCGCUGUUAUUGGGUUGCAGAAGAGAGGACUGAGGGGGCUGAUGGAAGGGCGACGCUUGAGGGAGCGGGGGGCGAGCGUGGGUUCUCACAUGCCGAAUUCGAGGGUUGGGUUGGGGAUCGGAGGGGCUGCGUGA